UGCAGAUAUCGCGAAGAUAAGCCCCACAAAAUCAGAUAUUCUCCUCUUGCUUAAAACUGACGACAUGGGACCGAAAGUCGCAUCAAACUGAUCAGAGCUUAUCCCUGUCCCAGACCCUUGUCCCAAGGCUCGUCCUCGAGUCUGGAGGGUGUCGUGUGCAUUCUGCAGAACAAUGCAGCAUAUCCCUGAUGGUCACAACCGCGUGCCCUAUAUCGCCAUUGCUUCACGCAAAGCUGAUCCCGCAUGCUCUCAUAUCACCAUUUUCGAAGAUUGCCCACUGGUCCCACCAUGCACUUCUUGCCUCAUGCCAUGAUGAACAUUCGAUCAAUCGAUGCACGCCCCGCCUCCCAAAAACACGCGUCUUCCUGCAGUUACCGUAG